AUGGACGAGAUGGUUGGAGGAUGUAAAGACGUUCAUCACCUCCAGAGUCCCCCCAGUCCCUCCAGUCCCCCCAGUCCCCCCAGUCCCCCCAGUCCCUCCAGUCCCCCCAGUCCCCCCAGUCCCCCCAUCCCCCCAGUCCCCCCAGUCCCCCCAGUCCCUCCAGUCCCUCCAGUCCCUCCAGUCCCCCCAGUCCCCCCAGUCCCUCCAGUCCCCCCAGUCCCCCCAGUCCCUCCAGUCCCCCCAGUCCCCCCAGUCCCCCCAGUCCCUCCAGUCCCCCCAGUCCCCCCAGUCCCUCCAGUCCCUCCAGUCCCCCCAGUCCCUCCAGUCCCCCCAGUCCCCCCAGUCCCCCCAGUCCCCCCAGUCCCUCCAGUCCCUCCAGUCCCCCCAGUCCCCCCAGUCCCUCCAGUCCCUCCAGUCCCUCCAGUCCCUCCAGUCCCUCCAGUCCAUCCCCCCAGUCCAGUCCCCCCAGUCCCUCCAGUCCCUCCAGUCCCUCCAGUCCCCCCAGUCCCUCCAGUCCCUCCAGUCCCCCCAGUCCCCCCAGUCCCCCCAGUCCCUCCAGUCCCUCCAGUCCCUCCAGUCCCUCCAGUCCCUCCAGUCCCCCCAGUCCCUCCAGUCCCUCCAGUCCCCCCAGUCCCUCCAGUCCCUCCAGUCCCUCCAGUCCCCCCAGUCCCUCCAGUCCAUCCCCCCAGUCCCCCCAGUCCCCCCAGUCCAGUCCCCCCAGUCCCCCCAGUCCCCCCAGUCCCUCCAGUCCCUCCAGUCCCCCCAGUCCCCCCAGUCCCUCCAGUCCCCCCAGUCCCCCCAGUCCCCCCAGUCCCCCCAGUCCCUCCAGUCCCUCCAGUCCCUCCAGUCCCCCCAGUCCCCCCAGUCCCUCCAGUCCCCCCAGUCCCCCCAGUCCCUCCAGUCCCCCCAGUCCCCCCAGUCCCCCCAGUCCCUCCAGUCCCCCCAGUCCCCCCAGUCCCUCCAGUCCCUCCAGUCCCCCCAGUCCCUCCAGUCCCCCCAGUCCCCCCAGUCCCCCCAGUCCCCCCAGUCCCUCCAGUCCCUCCAGUCCCCCCAGUCCCCCCAGUCCCUCCAGUCCCUCCAGUC